GGCAAACUUCCGGUUGCUCCGCUUCUAAAAAUAGAAUCAAAGCAAAUCGUUUUUUCUGCAAAAUAAACCUAGAAUAAAUGAUAUAAUGGCAACAGCAGUUCAUUCAGGUGUGGCUGAGCAGCCUUUUUAUAACACAGGAGAUGAGGAAACUACCGAUGAUGCUAUCAGAUAUAUUUGGAACAGGACAGGAAAUCCCCCAGUGAAUGCAAACCAUGUGUAUCGUCUUAAGAAGCACAUGGAUAAAUUUCUUCAUCCCAAUCCCACAUUGAGGGAUAACACGGGAGGAACAAUCCCCACCCCAUCUCCAUGUGAACCCAUUGCAGAAAGUCUCCUUGGUUGGGAAGAUGUUUCUCCUCAGGACAACGUAGAAGCUGUAUUUCAUUUCAUCCCAGAAGAUGACCAAAAGUUUGCUUAUGACCAAUUUUUCAGAAAACUUGGUCGUGCCCCCAGAGUGCUGGAAUUCUCCCGGUUUCUUUUGAUAUUUCAAGGUAAUCACCUGACCGACUCUUCACGAAAGACAUUAGGACAGCUAUUCCUAGAAAAUGAAGAAUUCAGAGAAACACUUGAUCGUCAUCUGAAAACUAUUGAACUGCAGGAACAAAUGCUGAGUUCGAAGGACACCAUGAUUCAGGUGUUAGGUCAGUGCAACAAUGAAAACAAGAAAGAAGUAGAUAAUUUGCAGAGUCAGAAGAGAAACCUGGAGAGUAUCAUAACCAACGUCCAACACCAGAAAGCAGAUCUACAGCUUGAAUUCAAUUCCAUGAAGAGGAAAUUUGAUCAACAUCUUGCUGAGCUGGAGGAUGAAAGAACAGAUAAGCAACAGUUACAGGCAGACAAACAGGCCCUCAUACAUACUAUCACUGCACAUGAGCAUAACAUAGACAGACUGACAGGCACAGUCAAAGACCUUGGACAGAGACUGCACAGGGAGAGCAAGGAUAAGUCUGCCAUUUUAAAAGAGUUAUCAGAAAAAUUGAAAUUGGUCUCUGAAUUAGAGGAAGAUAAGGAAAUACUUAUGAUGGAAAAUGAGGCUCAAGGGAGGUAUUUUUUAGAGUUAAAAGAAGAAAAGAUCAAACUUCAGAAAGAAAAUGAGGAGCUAAAAGAAGCAAUUGAGAUUAGCAAAAUCAUAUUGGCAGAACAAUAUGAAAAGCUCAUGAUAAAAGUUGCUGAAUUAGAAAGUGAAAACUCUAAUCUGCAGAGUAAGACAGAGGAACAGUCAGCCACAAUCUCUGAUCUGGAGAGUAAGACAGGACAACAGUCUGUCACAAUCUCUGAUCUGGAGAGUAAGACAGAACAACAGUCUGUUACAAUCUCUGAUCUGGAGAGUAAGAACUCAGAUCUGGAGAGUAAGAACUCAGAUCUGGAGAGUAAGAACUCUGAUCUAGAGAAUAAGACAGAACAGCAGUCUGUCACAAUCUCUGAUCUGGAGAGUAAGAACACAGAUCUGGAGAGUAAGACAGAGCAACAGUCUACUACUAUCACUGCUAUUCAGCAACAAUACCAAAGGCAGCAAUAUUUUAUUCUCUUCUUGGCAGCUCUUAUUUUUGCAAUGGUCUGUUUACAAUUCCUCUCUCAAGGAAACAAUCUCCCUUCCAGAUCAUAGCAUGCUAUGUCAAAAA